AAGAAGAAAAAGACGCAAAACCUCUUAAGCAACAAAAAGGUUUUACAUAGUCGUCCGUUGGCGGCAGAAGAAAAAAAGGGUGAAAAUGGGGAAGAACGGGAAGAAGCGAAGCCACCAACAGAACCGCAGAGAUAGAGCUUACUAUCUUGAAGAGGAAGAGCAAGAAUACCCAGCUGCCCCACCUACUGAGUCCCCUGAUGCAGAAGAAGAACAAGAAGAUGAAAACCCACAACUUGAAAAAGAGAGUCAAGAUGAUCUCACUGUUGAUAUCCCUUCGAAGUUUUCUCUAUACCAACAAUCUGUGCAGUCACCAAAAGGGGACAUAAGUUAUCUGCAGAAAUUCUUCUUGAUGUACGUAGGUGGGAGGGUGCCUCUCCAUUUCCAGGAAGAUUUCUGCGGCACUGCUCUUUUGAGUACUGAAUGGCUCCGAAAUGAUACUAGGCGCACGGCUAUAGGAUUAGAUUUGGACGUUGAGGCACUUGAUUGGUGCACCGAGAACAAUGUGAACAAAGUUGGUGCUGAUGUCUCUUCCAGAAUAUUCCUAUUUCAUGGUAAUGUGUUGCAACCUCUUGAGGCCAAAUUGGUUAAUGCCGCUACUCAAAAUCUCAUGCAAAACAUAACAUUAGGAGAUAGUGAAGAUGGUUCUCCUGAUAACAAAUUGAUGAAGGAUUUUCAAUUUCCUGCAAGAGAUAUAGUUUGUGCUUUUAACUACAGUUGCUGUUGCCUUCAUACUCGCCAAGAACUAGUUUCAUACUUCAAACAUGCCUUAAGUGCUCUGAAUAAGAAGGGUGGUAUAUUUGUGAUGGAUCUGUAUGGAGGCACAUCAGCAGAGCAAGAGCUGAGGAUGCAGAGAAGAUUUCCUAAUUUCACAUAUGUUUGGGAGCAAGCUGAAUUCGACAUCAUUAAACGGAAAACGAGGAUCAGCCUCCAUUUUAAUCUGCACAAACCGCAAAGGAAAAUUCGCCAUGCAUUUUCCUAUAGCUGGAGACUGUGGUCAUUGCCUGAGAUCAAAGAUUGUUUGGAAGAGGCUGGAUUUCAGUCGGUCCACUUCUGGAUCCGACAUAUGCCUGACAGUGAAGAACUUAAAAGCACAUAUGGGCUUACUGCUGGACGAGACAUAAAGUAUGAAGAGGUUACAAGUUUUCAACAACAAGAUUCUUGGAACGCAUACAUUGUAGGUGUUGCUUAGCUUUCUAUCUCUGCCUUGUUUUCAUGCAAGUCUUCCUAGGUAACAAGUUAUUUUUCAUUUCUUCGGAAUCUAGAUCGUAGCAUAUGAAGCAAUUAGCAGGUUGACACAGAAGUGCUUGAAAACAAGACACUAAACUAUGAUGUAUUUUAAAUUUCUUGUGUUCUUUUGAAUGCACAAAAAAAGUUGUACCCUCAUCUA